AUGGACCCUAGGAUGGAUUCGGGAGUCGGGAGAAGUACACAGCCGGAUCCCCAAUUCGACCCUCUCCAACCCUUGACGGCCUCAGAAGUGGCCACGAUAAUCGACUUGUCUCUGGCCUGCGAGGUCACUUGGUACACCGGCCGUCUCCUCUCUCAGACCGUCUUGACCUCCUCCUAUCUUCGUCACUUGGACUCACUCAAAUCUCAUCCCGAUCAAGUCGUCAAACAUGUCCUCAGAGCUUCCCUAUUGGGUCUCGUCAAAUCCUGCGCGAUCGUCUCGGACGAGAUCUCAAAAGAUAAUCUGAGGGAGAACGAAGAUGUGAAUAGCGAGCAACAAACGAUCGACAUAUACGAAGAUAUCGAUGUCACCCAGACCUUAGAAGCGCUCGACGAAGCAUACUCAAUUCUGAAAUCUUGGCCAAACGAAUUAGAUGGUUAUCGGAUCCCGUUGAUGGAGAGAGUCAGAUUUCGAAUCGAGUUUCUAUACAGUCUUGCGCUUCCGAGUUCCUCGCCCACAGUCGAGACAGUUUCGCAAGUAGAAGCUCAUCUAGAUUCGGCGCUAGAAGCGCUAGGGUGUACCCAACGCGACCCCACCUAUCCGGCCCACUCCACGCUCUCCUUCUCUGCUCAAAACGAUCCCGUCAGAGCGGCUUUCAACCUCAACUUCUACCAAACCGUCUCUUCUAAUUCUCCGCCCCGUCCAGUCUAUUUCCCACACUCUUUCGCUUUCCUCGUCGACAUGACUCGACGGAUCUUGGAAGAGCUCUCUUUGGUCUCGCAGGUCGCUCUCGCAAACUCUUUCUCCGACUGGAUGUCCUUCUUUCAUGCAUUCUCGAGACGCGAGCCGAUGGCAUUUCCAUUUGUUCGAUCAUAUUUAAUGUCUUUAUUCCAGAGUGGAAACGUGAUCGGAUUGGAUCCUGAUCGGUCCUUGAACUGGCUAGCCAAAGAUUGUAUGACCAAUUUGUCAGCUGGUCGGCUUUGUUUUCCAUCUAAUGGAUCAGAUACUAAUACGUACAUGUUGAACCGACUUGCUGGUUUUCUUGUUAAUUAUCUUUCGGCUUUUGCCGCUAAUCGGGCUCGAGGUAGACGAAUAUUAUCAAACUCUUUAUCCGAAUGGAAGUCAUUGUACAACACGACCUGGGUCAAUCAACUCGACCUCGCCCCCUCAACACUACAACGCUUGCAGGCACUGAUAUACUAUUUCUCAAUCGAGAGUGGUCUACAAAUGACCCUGAUGGGAUUCGACUUGGAGUUGUAUGAGCUGGAUGAUGAUCGGCGUGCCAUGUGGUGGGUGGUUGAGCGGCUCAGCGAACGAGCUUGGCUUCUAUUAAAAAUCUUAUCAGAUGGGGCUGAGUCUCUGGAUGCAAAGCUGAUCCGGAUUCUUGGGAAACUUGCGGGAGUAGCGGGCCAACUUACCCGUCGGAAAAACAAGCACGCUGGUACGCCCCCAUCUGAGUUUAGACUCAGAGAGGCCGUCUUCGAGAGACGGAUCAAGCUCCUCAAAGCCCGUCAGGCCAGCUUCGACGACUCCACCCUCGUCUCCGAGCUCGACUUACCUGCCCCUCUCUUGGAUUAUCAGGCCUUUGUUUCCUCUGAACUCGUCGUGCUAACUCCCACUGACUUGGAUGCAACCCUUCAAGACAUUAAAGAUCAGUUGCUCGAGAUUCUCUUCCUUAAUCGUCGUCAUAAUACGAUCAGUAUACUGCAACUCCAAUGUUACCUCAACUGUUUAAUCAAAUCUACCAAGAACAUGAUCCAAAUCAACCAGACCUACUCCUCAUCAAGACCGGCAGAAAUGGACCCAGGAAAUGAUGAACCAUUGUCCUUGAAAACCCUCAAGAUCUCUUCUUCUAGUUCGAAUUCUAAUGAUAAUGAUAAUGGACACCAAAGGGGUCGAAUUCAACUGGACGAGCAUCCGAAGAAUCAGAUGGAUUGUCAAUUAAUUGGACUGGGAUAUUCUGACCUGGCUUCUAAAUGGUUCAUAAUCUGAAAAACUCCCCUUCCAAAUAUUUCAUACUCCUUCAUCUUUGUUAGCCUCUUCUCGCUUUUUUGCUUUAAUUUUUUUUUGUUUUCUAGUGUCUUUUCCACACUGUCUCUUUAAUUGGCUCUUCUUUGAUUGCUUCUAUCACUACCCUCUCCUUGUGUUUCUUCUUCAGCAUUCAUAAGUAGUUCCUCCUUUGUAAUCAAGACCUUUCUUUUGAUCUUUUUGCCAUAGAUCAUGCACUCAAUUCUAAUCAUUUAUGUACUUUAGGUAAGUCUCUCCAUCUUGAGUUAUUCAUCCAU